AUGGCUAGGAAAGCUUUCGUAGCCACCGGUAAGGCCGGAGCAGGCCUCAAAGGUGACCUGCCAGUGACCUCUUUGGACGAGACCAGUAAGUUAAUGAUAGCUCAACCUCCCAUAAUCGAUGUCGAGAUCGCGGACCUAUUGACUUCGGUCCCAGGUCAACCUCACGACUACGAGGCUCCAGACCAACCCGCUUUUGGUGGUAUUACCAAAUUGUUGUCUCAGAGCGAGUUAGCCAGGCGGGCCUUUACCCAGACUAAUGACAGUCCUAUCCAGACUGCAGAUGGUCCCAAUCCGUCACACGACCUCAUUCCAGACCCGCCUGCCACGUUAAAGGUCCCGGAUGGCGGGGACGCUGUGGGCACUAUUGACCCGGUGGAGCGGCUGAUACUCCGUCUGCCUAACAGGCUGUCGGCACCAAUUAGCAGCAAUUACCCGCGCCCUUCGCCUCCGACAGCCAAGAAAGUCACCACAAAGGCCAAUAAACGAGCUGUGGUCCCGGGUAAGGAAAAUGUAGAGCCGGAGGGGGUGCAAGGGGUGGUGAAGAAGGAGAAGGCUAAGGCUAAGGCUAAGCCGAAGGGUAGGAAAAAGAAAUAG